UCUGUGUUCGUGUGCGUGAGAGAGAGAGAAGAGGGUUCGAAGAGAAGAAGAGGACAAGAUCCGAUGGAAAGACAAGAGAAGACAACAUCAUGGUCAUGGUCGUCUUCGUCAACCGCACCAUGUUCCACCAAUUCCUGAUCUCUUUCUUUUCCCGUCUCCAUCAUCAACAACCCCACUCACCACCACCAAUCUUCCAAUCCAAUCCAUUGAUUUGCCUCUCUUCUCUUCCAGAUCCAAUUUCCUCCGUCUCUUCAAAUUCUUAAUCGCAACAUCAAUUUUGAAAAUACUAAAAAAAUAGAAGGAUAUGGGAAGAACUCGAGGAGGAGAGGGAAGGGAUGAUUCAAGCGCAGUUGGGGAAAAAGAGAAGCACACUUGUUUGCUUCGAAUGGCUCAAAUGCUUUCAUAUUUGAUGGUUUUUGCAGCUGGUCUCAUGAUUGGCCUAACCACAUGUUCCCAAAUCAAUGGAAUCUUUGUUUCACAGAGACAACAAUACUCUUCAAUUAACCGCGGACUGCCGCGCCCCCAACCCAGUAAUUGCAGCCUCAACCAACCGCCGCGGAUUCUGCUUCCGCCGCGGCCUCCUCUUGAUCCCCAGGAUCAGUUCCAGUGCAUGGAUAUUGACAACUUCCUGCAUCCAACCAAUCUCAUCCAUUCCAUGUCGGAUAAUGAGCUCUUCUGGAGGGCUUCCUUGCUUCCCAAGAAAGAAGAGUACCCUUAUAAGAGGAAGCCCAAAGUGGCUUUCAUGUUCUUGACCAGGGGACCAUUGCCUAUGUUGCCACUCUGGGAGAGGUUCUUUCUUGGACAUUCCAAUUUCUUCAAUAUUUAUAUCCAUGCUCCUCCCGGAUAUCACCUCCAGGUCUCCAAUUAUUCGGCUUUUUACGGCCGCCAGAUUCCGAGCAAGGAAGUUUCAUGGGGAACAGUAACCCUUGCUGAUGCUGAGAGGCGCCUUUUGGCGAAUGCACUGCUCGACUUUUCAAAUGAGCGGUUUGUUCUUCUUUCGGAGAGUUGCAUCCCGGUCUACAACUUCCCUACUGUGUACAGAUACCUCAUUGAUUCCUUCCACAGCUUUGUUGAGUCAUAUGACGAUCCUUCCCGUUACGGGCGUGGACGCUACAGCCGGAGUAUGCUUCCUGAUAUUCAGCUUAGACACUGGCGGAAAGGGUCUCAGUGGUUCGAGCUUAACCGUGUUCUGGCUGUUUAUAUAGUGUCCGAUACCCGAUACUAUACCCUCUUCCGCAAAUACUGUAAACCUGCAUGCUACCCAGAUGAGCAUUACAUUCAAACUUUCCUUAACAUGUUCCAUGGCAAUCUUAAUUCUAACAGAACAGUGACAUGGGUUGAUUGGUCUCUGGGGGGACCCCAUCCAGCAACCUAUAGUAGAGCCAAUAUAACUGUAAACUUUCUUCAAGCUAUAAGGAACAAUGGAACGCUUUGUCGAUAUAAUUCCGACAUGACUUCUGUUUGUUUCCUCUUCGCUCGCAAGUUUGAUCACACUGCACUGGAGCCCUUGCUUGGCCUUUCUUCACAAGUCAUGAACUUUUGAUUCUUUGCACAUUCAUUCAUUUCUCUGAUAUUUCUAGGUUCUAAUUUGGUAGGGAACUUGCAACUUUGGCACUGAAUCGUUUUGCAUUGGUCUAGCUGUACAGGUAUUGUUAGAGAGAAUUUUGUGUCCCCUACCACAGUAUAUUAAGCCAAUAGGGAGAGAUUUGGUUAGUAUGCAUCGGGUUUUAGGUUCAACUUUUAUUGUUAUUUAUGUAACCAAAAGAGAAACAGAAACAUUGUUGCAAAAACAGGACAUUGUUCCUUCAAAGAAGGACAUCCGGUAAUACACAACUUCUUUGGUAA